UGACUCGCUUUUGCACCGACUCGACAUAGAGAAGGGUGUAUGCUCCGAAACAUCUUGACAAGACACUCUCCACUCGCCACUCGACUCGUUCAACACAGACCCAUAUAUCGAUCAAUCGCCGCCAUGUCUGCCCCAGAGACGACCGUCCCUGCCCAAGAAACCCGACCCGUCGAGCAGGCCAAGCCCGCCGGCGCCGAGCCCGCUGUCGCCACCGAGGGUGUCGCUGAACAAUCAAAGAAGGGUGCCAAGAAGGAAGCGAAGCGACUUGAAAAGCUCGCAAAAGCUGCCACUAAAACCUCAUCUGCUCAGACUCAAGCGCCCAAGAAGGAGAAAGCCGAGAAGAAGGAGAAGAAGGUCGAGGCUCCUGCUGAGGCCUGGGUCAACACUACCCCCAAGGGCGAGAAGAAGGACGUCUCUGGCAACUUCCCUGCCGGUUACGACCCUACCCAGGUCGAGGCCGCCCACUACGACUGGUGGAAUGCCAAGGGCUUCUUCAAGCCCCGAUACGGCGCUGACGGCAAGCCCCUCAAAAAGGGUACCUUCUCCAUCACCUUCCCUCCUCCUAACGUUACCGGUAACCUGCACAUUGGUCACGCUUUGACUGUCUCAUUGCAAGAUGCUCUCAUCAGAUGGAAGCGAAUGCAGGGAUACUCUGUCCUUUACCUCCCCGGCUACGACCACGCCGGUAUCGCCACCCAGGCUGUUGUCGAGCAGCGUCUUCUGAAGACCGAAGGACACUCAAGACAUCAUUACGGAAGAGAAAAGUUCCUCGAAAAGGUCUGGGAGUGGAAGGACCAGUACCAGCAGAAGAUCACCCUUCAGAUGACUCGACUUGGUGGUUCUUUCGACUGGGACAAGGUUGCCUUCACUAUGGACGACAACCUGAGUGUUGCUGUCAGGGAAGCGUUCGUUCAGAUGCACGAGAAGGGUCUGCUCUACCGAGCCAAUAGAUUGGUCAACUGGUGUGUCUACCUCAACACCUCCUUGUCCAACUUGGAGGUCGACCAGCUCCCCCUCACUGGCCGCAAGAAGCUCAACGUCAAGGGAUACGACCCUAAAGAAUUCUUCGAGUUUGGUGUCAUUACCUCUUUCGCCUACCCCAUUGAGAACUCAGAAGAACGUAUCAUCGUUGCCACCACUCGUCCCGAGACCAUGCUUGGUGAUACCGCCAUUGCCGUCCACCCCGACGACAAGCGAUACACCCACCUGCACGGCAAGUUUGCUGUCCACCCCUUCAACGGCAGGAGGAUUCCUAUCAUUACCGAUGCGAUCACCGUCGACAUGGAGUUCGGUACUGGUGCUGUCAAGAUUACUCCUGCUCACGACCCCAACGAUUUCGAGUGUGGUCUCCGUAACAAGCUCGAGUUUAUCAAUUUGAUGAAUGACGACGGUACUUACAACGAGAAUGCUGGCCCUUACAAGGGUAUGAAACGUUUCCACAUCCGUAACCAAAUCAUCAUCGACCUCAAGGAGAAGGGUCUCUUUGUCGAGCAGAACGACAACGAGAUGCAGAUCCCCAUUUGCUCUCGUUCCGGUGAUGUCGUCGAGCAGAUUAUCAAGCCUCAGUGGUGGAUCAACUGCAAGCCUCUUGCGGAGGAUGCUCUCAAGCGAACCCGUGCAGGCGAGCUCGAGAUCAAGCCCAAGACUUCCGCCGGCGACUGGGUCAGGUGGAUGGAGAACAUGCAGGAUUGGUGUAUCUCUCGACAGCUUUGGUGGGGACACCGAUGCCCUGCUUGGUUGCUCAAGUUUGACGGCGAAGCUCCCGACUCCUCUGACGACAAGAACUGGAUUGUUGCCAGGACCGAAGAGGAGGCUCAGGAGAAGGCCGCCGCGCGCGCCAACGGCCGAAAGUUCACUAUCGAGCAGGACGAGGAUGUCCUCGACACCUGGUUCUCCUCUGGUCUCUGGCCCUUCUCCACUAUGGGCUGGCCCAACAAGACUGCCGACAUGGAGAACUUUUACCCCAACUCCAUCCUCGAGACCGGUUGGGACAUUCUUUUCUUCUGGGUCGCCCGUAUGGUCUUCUUCGGUAACUCUCUUACCGACGUCAUGCCCUUCAAGGAGGUCUAUUGCCACCCCAUGGUUCGAGACGCCUACGGACGAAAGAUGUCCAAGUCCUUGGGCAACGUCAUCGACCCUCUCGAUGUCAUCACUGGUCAAAACUUGGCCAAGCUCCACGGCGACCUCAGGCAGGGCAACUUGCCCGAAAAGGAGAUCAUCAAGGCCGAGGAGGGCCAGAAGAAGCUGUACCCCAAAGGCAUCCCUGAGUGUGGUACCGACGCUUUGAGGUUCACUCUCUGUAACUACACUUCGGGUGGUAGGGACAUCAACAUGGAUAUUGGCCGUGUUGAGGGUUACAGAAAGUUCUGUAACAAGCUCUGGAACGCCACCAAGUUCUGUCUUUUCCGAAUGGAUGCCGUCGACCUGGCUGGUGUCAGGCAAACAAGCUCCUUUGUCCCCAACGCCUCUCACUUGGUAUGUCAUCUCUGAUGUAUCUGAAUAAUUCGCUGAACAAUCACUAGCCUACUGGUCAAGAGGGUCUUGUCGAAAGAUGGCUCUUCCACAAGCUCAAUAUUGCUAGUGCUGGAAUCUCUGAGGCUUUGGAGAACCGAGACUUUGCCGAUGCUUCCACUAUUGCCUACCAAUACUUCUUGAACGACCUUUGUGACGUCUUCAUUGAAGCCACCAAGCCAAUCUUUGAGGCCAACUCUGAUGCUGCCGCCAAGCUUUCCGCCCAAAACACCCUCUACACAUGUCUGGAAGCUGGUCUCAAGCUUCUCCACCCCUUCAUGCCUUACGUCACUGAAGACCUGUGGCAACGUCUCCCCCGUCGCCAGGGUGAUGCUUGCGAGUCUAUCAUGAUCGCUCCCUUCCCCGAGAAGAUUGCCGAGCAAAGCUUCCCCAAGGAAGCGGCCGCCUUCGAUCUCGUUGUUGACUGCAUCAAGUCUGCCAGGUCCAUCAUUGGUCUGUACAACCUUCCCACCAACGGCAAGACUGUUGAGGACAAAAUCACCGUCAUCAUCCAGGCCAGGAACGACGAGCUGCUGCAGUUGUUCAAGUCUGUUGAGACUGUUGUCGUCGGCUUGACCAAGGGAUGUGGCAAGGUCGAGUUCAUCCGAGAGGACAGUGAGAUCCCCCGUGGAAGUGGUACCGAGGUUGUCACCACCGACAUAAGUGUUCACAUCCCCGUCCAGGGCAAGGUCGACGCUGCUUCCGAAAUUGACAAGCUCGAGAAGAAGGCUGUUGUUGUUGAGGGUCAGAAGGCCAAGCUUAACAAGGUCAUGGGCAUGAGCAACUACGAGACGAGUGUCAAGGAGGAGGUUAGGGCGCAGAACUCAGACAAGCUGGAGAAGAUCAAUGUUGAGAUCGAGUCGCUGACUUUGGCCAUUGAAAGGUUCAAGUUGCUUUUGUAGAUAGACAAUAUAGCCGUAUGCUUGCGAGAUGUGAAACUUAUAGUCCGCUUUAU